AUGAUCUUGACCGAUCUCGUCUCCAUGAUCUUCCGCCUAGCGGAGCUGGCCUUCGCAGCCAUCGUCGCCGGUAUAACGGGCAACCACCUGCACGCCAGCCGGGGCCAAUCAUCCUGGUCCCUAGGCCGCUUCAUCUACGCCGAAGUCGUCGCCGGCCUCUCCAUCCUGCUGGCCCUCCUCUGGCUGCUCCCCUUCUCCGGCAGUUUCAUCCACUGGCCUGUCGACCUGAUCAUAUCCUUCGCCUGGUUCGCCGUCUUCGGCCUGCUGGUGGACUGGCUGCAUGGCAGCUGCGGUAACACCUUUGACUGGAGCGGCAUCGGCCUCCAUGGGAACAACUGCGGCUCAUGGAAGGCUGACGAGGCGUUUGCGUUCCUGUCUGCCAUCUGCUGGCUCGUCUCCGCCCUGCUUGGCAUCUACUGGGUGCGCCGCCACACUGCAACUGGGACUCAGACCACCACUCGGAGGAGGCGCUGGUACCGCUCGCGUGUCUAA